CGCGUAUUCUUGAGUCGACUAGCGUGGGAGUAAGAGCAGUUGCCCCCGACGCGAAGACGGUCGACAAGGUGGUCGCCGCGACACCUUACCCACCGCUCGAAACGCGUCUCUUUCUUGUGCACGUCGACCUCUCCUACCUUCUGUGUCGGAAUUUAUACGAGUGAAAUUGGCAAGAAAAAAAUCGGGAUUAUCAUCGGACAUUUUCAACAAAGUGUUUCUUUCACUUACUGAUACACGUACACAAACCAAGAUCGAAUUCAUCGUUGAUUUCUGGAAUGUUUCGCUAGUGUUCGAAAAAAGGGAGAAACGAAUAGGAAAAGGAGAUCAUCCAUCAUCCAUUAGUCCUCGAUGAAAACUACGAGGAAUGUUAGGACAAGACGAACGAAGAAAGGUGGAAAAAAAGAGCGCGAAGUUUGAAAUCAAGUGUAUCGAGCAAGUGCCAUCAUAGCUUGAAAAAAAAAAGAAAUUAAAUAUAAAUAAAUAGAAGGAGAAGGAUAGGUCGAUGUACGCAUACUCGUUGUCCGUCGUGAAGAUUUGUCUUCUUCGAAAAGACGCGAGAGUUUCGUUGUUGUGUGAAUAUUACGGGAGUGUAGUAACGUCCACAUGUGCGGUGUUUGUGUAAUAGUCGAUAUGCGAGAAUCUUCGUGAAGGUGUUUGCGAGGGAGCGGCGUCUCUUCCCCCUUUGCAUCCUCGCUCUGGAUACAGGAUUAAACAUGGGACUGGGAACUAUCUUCGUCCUCUACGUCUCCUUUAUGCUGAUCUACUCUGAUCAGGCAGACGUCAUCGAGGAAAGAGAUUAACGUCGUCCUAUGUAAAAUAUCGAUCCCUCUCGUACAUCGAUCGACGAUUUUACAAAAAAAAAAAAGAAAAGAAAAGAAAACAUGAAAAAAGGAAAGAAAAAAAGGAAAAAAAGAUUUACAAGAUCGGGACUCUAAUAUUAGAAAUUAUAGACAUUUUGGACACGAUGAUAUCGACCUAACUUUAUUCAACGAGAAAAUAUUGUAGAUGAUCCAUCCGAGAUCAGUAAAAGCUAGCUCGAAGAUUUAAUAACGGCGAUCAUAUUUAUCGGAUCGUUCUAGCGACGCCUGUUGUACUCCUUUUAUAUACCUAAAUUCUCUAUCGUCCGAGAUUUCUCCUUUUACCUCGAGCCGGCAAACAACAAAUUAUACCUUAAGAGUCCCGAUCUUUCGCCUGCGACCAUCAUUCGCAAGUCUAAUAUCGGCUCUCACGGCGACGUUUUAUUCGCGAUCUAUGCACGCAGAAGGACGAUCACGUUGAACGCUUCCAGGCACUUUCAUAAUCCUUGCAUCGUAUUUACUGCACAAAGAGAGGACAAAGAAAUCGAACGAAGAACGAGAACGUGUAUUUCGAGAAGAUCGAAAAAUGAAGGAUAUCGAUGUUGAUCAUUGUCGUCGAGUUUAUCCUGACACCGGAUAUGCACCGAGCCCGGUGAAAAGACAGCGAUGGCAAGAACGCCGAGAACGAGCCCUCGAGCCUCCACCGAUCAUUUUUAUCCUCACCCUCGUGACAAUCGAAGACAACGCGAAGAAGAGGCUUGCGUUCUCAAGGUCACCUUGGCAAGGACCCCGACCUCGUGGAUGGCAUGAGAGCUCAUCAUGUUCAUCAACCACCGACACUGGCCAGGAGCGCUGUCGACUUUCAACAUCUUCGGGCUGACGUUACUACUACUAAUCGUCCUCGGCUCUUAUGAUGUCUCCGCGGAUCUUAAUUCGGAGUUCGUUAAAGGGAAAAUCUGCAUCGGAACAAAUGGCCGUCUUUCCGUGCCGUCCAACAAACACCACCAUUACCGGAAUCUUCGAGACCGGUAUACCAACUGUACUUACGUCGACGGUAACCUGGAGAUUACGUGGCUCCAGAAUGAAACCCUCGAUCUCAGCUUUCUCCAAUAUAUACGAGAAGUCACCGGAUACGUCCUCAUUAGUCACGUGGACGUACGGAAGAUCGUCCUUCCUAGAUUGCAAAUCAUACGUGGAAGAACCCUCUUCAAACUCAAUAUUCACGACGUGGAGUUCGCUCUGUUCGUUACGAUGUGUCAAAUGCACAAUCUGGAGAUGCCGGCCCUCAGAGACAUUCUCAACGGAAGUGUGGGUAUGUACAACAACUACAACCUCUGCCACAUCAAAACGAUCAACUGGGAGGAAAUAAUUACGGGGCAAGGUGGGAAAUAUUUAUACGUUUAUAAUUUCACUUCGCCCGAACGUGUUUGUCCGGAGUGCGACAAGAGUUGCGAGCAAGGUUGCUGGGGAGAAGGACCUGAGAACUGUCAGAGGUACUCGAAGACGAACUGCUCGCCACAAUGCUGGCAAGGCAGGUGCUUCGGGCCCAAUCCACGAGAGUGUUGUCAUCUUUUUUGCGCCGGUGGCUGCACUGGCCCUAAACAAAGCGACUGCCUCGCUUGCAAGAACUUUUUCGACGAUGGAGUUUGUACACAGGAGUGUCCACCAAUGCAAAAAUACAACCCGACAACUUAUUCGUGGGAAGCUAAUCCCGAUGGAAAAUACGCUUACGGAGCAACGUGCGUUAGAAAAUGUCCCGAGCAUCUUUUGAAAGAUAACGGAGCUUGCGUAAGAUCUUGUCCACCAAAGAAGAAAGUUUUGAACGGCGAAUGUGUACCUUGCGACGGUCCCUGUCCAAAGACUUGUAAAGGUGUUGAAAAGGUUCAUUCUGGUAACAUCGAUAGCUUCAAAGAUUGCACGAUCAUCGAAGGUUCCAUCACGAUUCUUGAUCAAAGUUUCGAAGGAUUCCAAGACAUUUAUCCGAAUUUUACUUUUGCCAAACGUUACAAAAAAAUGCAUCCUGAUAAAUUGGAAGUUUUCAGUACGUUAAAAGAAAUCACAGGGUAUUUAAACAUUCAAGGCGAUCAUAAGGAUUUUACGAAUCUUUCAUAUUUCCGUAAUCUCGAAGUGAUCGGUGGUAGAACCUUAACGGAAUAUUUUUCAUCUCUGUACAUCGUAAAAACGUCCUUGGUAUCGUUGGGUCUGAGCGCAUUGAAAAAGAUUUAUUCCGGUGCUAUCGCCAUAUUGGAGAAUAAAAAGUUGUGCUACGCACAGAGCAUUAAUUGGAGCAGAAUCAAGAAAUCUUCGGAACACGACAGUUUAUAUUUGAACAACAGAAACGAGAGCGAUUGCAAAGCAGAAAAUUUGGUAUGCGAUGUGCAAUGUUCGGAUGAGGGAUGCUGGGGUCCUGGGCCAGCUCAGUGUUUGUCUUGUAGAAACUUCAUCUUAGAUAAUGACUGCCUUCAAGAUUGCGUUGCAUCUGGAAUUUAUCAAGCGGACGAGAAAACUUGUAAACAAUGCCACGAAGAAUGCGACGGGUCUUGUACCGGACCGAAUGCGGAACAUUGUACCAAGUGUAAACACGUUAGAGAUGGUCCUUACUGUGUUCAGGAAUGUCCGUCUUCAAAGUAUAACGAUAAUGGCCAAUGUAAACAUUGUCAUGAAAAUUGUGUGGGUGGUUGCGAAGGUCCAGAAAACAACAUAGGAGCUAACGGAUGUCACAGCUGUGAAAAAGCGAUUAUGAAUGGUCAUAUACCUGAAGGAUGUUUACAAAAAAGGGAACCAUGCCCAGAUGGACAUUAUUACGAAUGGGUUAGUCCACAAGAGCAAGGUGCUUUGAAACCCCUUGCAGGUAAAGCUGUAUGUCGAAAGUGUCACCCACGUUGUAAGAAAUGCACUGGUUAUGGUUUCCACGAACAAGUCUGUCAACAAUGUACGAAAUACAAAAGAGGAGAACAGUGUGAGGAUGAAUGUCCUGCCGAUCAUUUUGCUGAUGCGGAAACGCAAUUAUGUAUACCCUGUUUUGGGGAAUGCCGUGGUUGUUUCGGUUCUGGACCCAAUCAAUGCUACAAAUGCCGCAAUUACAAAAUUUACAUCGAUGGCGAUCCAAACGAUAAUUCAACAUCCUUCAAUUGUACCGAAACUUGUCCACCGGAAUAUCCACAUAAAAUCUUCCCUCAAGAUAAUGAACCCUACUGUUCCUUAGAAAUCAUCAGUCCUGGCUUUCAAAUAGAAAACGAACUUCGACCUGCUAUCGUUGCCGGUACUGUCGUUUUCAUAGUGGUAUUCGUUGUAGUGGCAUCGAUAAUCACCUAUCAAUGGCGUAUGCAUGCGAAAGCUAAAGAGAAUACCGUAAAAAUGACAAUGGCAUUAACAGGAUUGGAUGACAACGAACCGCUUCGACCAACAGGUGUAAAGCCAAACUUGGCGAAGUUACGUAUAAUCAAAGAAGAAGAAAUGAGAAAGGGUGGCAUUUUAGGUUACGGAGCUUUUGGUAACGUCUAUAAAGGUGUUUGGGUUCCGGAAGGAGAAAACGUGAAAAUUCCAGUCGCCAUAAAAGUUUUGCACGAUGGUACAGGCACGAAUACUUCGAAAGAAUUUCUCGAUGAAGCAUACAUCAUGGCUAGUGUCGAACAUCCAAACCUGUUGCAAUUGCUGGCUGUUUGUAUGACGUCACAGAUGAUGUUAGUAACACAAUUAAUGCCAUUAGGCUGUCUGUUGGACUUCGUGCGAAGAUAUAAAGAUAAGAUAGGCUCGAAGGCUUUGUUAAAUUGGUGUACCCAAAUAGCAAGAGGUAUGGCCUAUCUCGAGGAAAGGAGACUGGUUCACAGAGAUCUGGCUGCACGCAACGUACUCGUUCAGACACCAAAUUGUGUGAAAAUCACGGACUUUGGAUUGGCGAAACUUUUGGAUAUCAACGAGGAACAGUAUAAAGCAGCCGGUGGGAAAAUGCCGAUAAAGUGGUUAGCAUUAGAAUGUAUACAACAUCGUGUUUUUACUCACAAAUCCGAUGUGUGGGCAUUUGGUGUUACUAUUUGGGAAGUACUCACUUAUGGUGGUAGACCUUACGAAAGUGUACCGGCAAGAAAUGUUCCUGAAUUGUUGGAGAAAGGUGAAAGAUUGCCACAGCCUGUUAUCUGUACUAUAGAUGUUUAUAUGAUUAUGAUCAAGUGUUGGAUGUUGGAUGCGGAAUCUAGACCUAGUUUUAAAGAACUAGCCGAAGAGUUUGCUAAAAUGUCUAGGGAUCCUGGUCGAUAUCUUGCCAUUAAAGGAGACAAAUACAUGAGGUUACCGUCAUAUACUUUACAGGACGAAAAAGAAAUGAUUCGAAAUCUCGCAUCAGCUAUGGAUGGACCCGAAGCAUUAGUAGAUGCCGAUGAAUAUCUUCAACCAAAAUCGAGAGCACCUGUACCACCUGGUAUUUCAGUGUCCAGUACUUCCGAUUCUCCACCACAUUCGCCUGUUAAAACAUGCUGGCCAAAUGGCAAGCCACUCGCGGCAGAUUCUCCAAUACCGCAAAAUCAACAGAACUGGGAUAGGGAAUUGUUGAGAUAUAAUUCGAAUCACGGAAAUGGAAGUGCGUCUCAUGAACCUGGAAAUUCUGGACAACAUGGUCAUUAUGCUCAUCCGAAUGGACAUUGCGGGCAUGUCGUAGGUUCUGAUAGUUCAAGUUCGAGAUACUGUUCCGAUCCAUUAAAAAUGGUCGUUGUCAGGGACUGUGAUGUAACAGACGACUGUUUCGAUACCGAGGUAAAUACGGCACACCAACAAGCACAAGUAGGCAAUCUUAAAUUAGAUUUGCCGUUAGACGAAGACGAUUAUUUAAUGCCGUCGCCACAGCUUCCAACCAAUACGACCCAGUACAUGGAUCUAAUAGGAGACACAAAACCUACGGACUCAGAAUCAAAACGAGUGAACAAUGGUUAUCGAAAAUAUCCAGAGUUCUUGACGAUCCAAGGGAAAACAUCGUUAGAUAAUCCAGAAUAUAUAAUGUCACAAGAUGAAGGACCUCUCACGCCUCAAACUCUAGGAAUUCCGACGCCGGAUUUGGAAAAGGUCUUAACGAACGGAGCAUUUGGUUCUCAAGUUCGGCAAAGAAGUUCCGAAGAGGAAUCGGAUCACGAAUAUUACAAUGAUUUCGAUAGACUUGAACGCGAAUUACAACCGCUAAAACCUUUUAGGAAGAACGAGACAACCGUUUGAUUGUACUCAAAUCGUGAUUGUAUUAAAACUUAUGCGGGAGAACAAUAAGUUUCGUGACUUCGUGAAAUAAUCGACGAAUAAGAUUUACGUACGAAAUCGAAUGUGUGCAUUUCGUUUGUAAACGGUCGGAGAAUAAAAAUCGAAUAUCACGGGAAAUACAUAUUCGUAUCCAAAGGACUAUUACUCGAAUGAGUAUGUCUUACAGUACUUACAAAGGACGCUUCGUUCAAGUGCCGCGCUCGAUUGUGAUUAGACUUAAGUCGUAUGAUACGAGAACUGUGAAAGAUGUUCGAUUGAAAAACAGAAUGAUAGAACGUAGGAUAAAUCGGACGACGCCACAUAAAACGAGCGAAAGCGCAUAUUACUAUGCGUUAUCCGCGUUCAAGCGAAUAUAUAGUGCAAACGUUUCUCUUAAUGUGCCAUUUGCCAUGGCUUGUAAAUAAAUUGUUACCUACAAAUCUGUAAGAUUUAUUGAAAGUUUAGAGAGCUUUGGCGUAAGGUAACGAAAUAAGGCUGCACGAACAAUACAUAAUCGUUUCUCUUUCCUUUCACUUUGAAAAAUUUCAUAUCGUUCUAAUAAUAAUUGAAAUGCUUGAUCGAUCGAAAACAUCUAUCUCUAUAUAAUAGUAUGACACGACGAUUCGACAAUCUCGUUCUUAGAUAGGUACAACCUUCCCUCAAUGACUGACCUUUUAGAGAUAUCGAUAAUUUUGAAUAUACUAUUACGCGAGCAAACCUAUUUUUGGGAUCCAAAAAGAUCCAUGAACGCUUGGAUUACCCAUAAUGGAGUAUCGUGCGGUUAGCCGCUGACUGUGAUAAAAAAGACAUUCUAUUUUACCUUGGGAACACUUAAAUAUCGCGACGGCUACCCUUAUUUCUUUUUUUCGCUCCUUUUUUGUUAUUUUUUUAUCUUAGUACGAUCUCCUCGGACAAACUAUUAAAGAGUGAGAUACAGAAAAAGCGAAAACCGUCAUCAACAUAAAUUUCCCUUAAAUAAUAUUAUCGUGUCUCUACUUAAAAAUUUUAUAUCAUUCUCUUUUUCUUAGUCUGGACAUGCAUUGUUUGUUUGGACGAUCUCUUUCGAUGCUUUUGUUAUGCUAUUGUUUUUUUCUUUCUCUUUUUUUUUUCUUUCCUUUUUCAAAAGCUCAAUCAAAUUGAGCUAAAUCGAAUUCACAUGAUGAUUUCGAUUUUUAUACGAAAUACGAUUGUAAAUAAAUUAGCGAUUAGUAUUCUAAGUAAAAACUUCUACGACGAUAGAAGUUGGAAGUACUUGAAAAAGAAGCAUAUGUAGUUUUAUUGCCUAAAUCGAAACGGGCUGUAUAAAAAUAUAGUUAUACAGUGACGCACCGUGUAACAUUAGGGUAGGAUGUGCCAUGUUUGUACAGGAAAGAAAAGAAGGGAUGAUUUAAAUGGAUCUAUGACCUAUGUAUGUAUUUAAAAAGAAAAAUUUUUCAAAGAAACGGGGCCUCUUUCUCGGCCACCCGAUACAUUUAUUAUGAAUCGAUAUACGCGUAUGCGAGAUUGAUGCUUGCGAGAUUAAACGAGAUCUUUGAUCGGUACGUGUUAUUUCUGUGAUAAAAAAAAAAAAAUAAAAAAAAUAUAAAAACAAAUGUAAUCUUUACGAUAAGGCGAAAAAGAAAAUAUUAUCAAUUUCUAUAUCGUUAUUGUAAAGCAAGAACAAAAGACAAAACAAAUUGUUAGCAUACAAUCUUGCUACGCGUAACACGAUGUCUUAUAUACGAUAAUAAACAAUGUAAAGAGGAUAAAGGAGACGGAGCGCAAGUGCGAAUUGUGUAUAUUACGUUUAAGCGUUACUAAUUAUUAUUGAUAACAUUCAUUUUGUAAUAUAUAGAUCAUCGCGCCGCGCUGAAUAACAGAAGAAUCGAAGAAAGAGAAAAUAAGCGUUGUUUGUAAAAGAUUUUGUUUCUUUUAAAGAUCUCUAUCGUUCUCACGCUCGUUUUAUUUAGAAUCACUUCUAUUUUUAUUAUUUAGAGUCACUUCUCUCAUAUCUUUUUCCUCUGUCAUUAUCAUAUUCAUUUUAUUUUGUAUCUUUAUUUUCAUUUAUCUCGCAUAUUCCUCUCUAUCUCUCUUUCUCUGUAUUUUCCUCCCAUCUUCCUACUCAUUCUUCUUCCUUUUUUAUUUCCUCUAUCAUUAUCAUAUUCAUUUUAUUUAGUGUCUUUAUUUUCAUUUAUCUUAUAUUUUCCUCUGCCUCUCUUUCUCCUCUCCCUCUUCCUCCCUCUCUUUUCCUCUCAUCUUCCUACUCAUCCUCCUUCCUCGUUUCUUCGAUCUUAAGCGAAAACCGAAGUGUAAUUGAGCGCUACAAAAAACUGGAAAAAAAAAACUGUACAUUAUUAUGAACGGCCGGUGAGGACUAAUAGCGUUAACGAAAAGUUACAUUUGCCAUUCGGUUGUGGAGAUAGAAUUUAUAGAUCUUUAUAUUAUUAUCAUUGUAUAUCGAAAUAUUGUAAUAAAGAAAACGAAAUUCUUAAA